AUGAAUCGCCUUCGCGUAUACUGUGGCAACACUUCUUUCGAGCAAGUCGCUUUGAUCCCGACCCAGAUCCGCGCGGGUUUCGACUUCGGCCUCCGUCACCUUCCCAGGGAACCUUUUGCUCCGAGCAAGCACGUUUCGGACGAUGAUGACGCAUUUCGUGAGGUAGCGGCUAGCGAAAUUUCCCGUUUCUCCAUGCAAGGGUCGCAUCGCGGAGCUUUUUGA